AUGGAGCGGUUACUUACACGUUCAACGUCAUACCGCCCUACUAUCCAAUCUUUCUCUCGUUAUUUAUCAUCAUUUAAACCCCGUUCACGUGUUCUAAUAAAAACACGAACUGAAAAUAAAAACACUCAACAAACAUCAAAUACAAAUGAUUCUGAUUGGUUAGAACAGGAUGCAAAGUUUGUACUACCGGGAAAAAUUAGACCAGCAGGAGGGAUACAGUCAGCACCGGUAUGUAAUCCAAAUAAAUAUGGUAAUGAUGGUAAAAUAUUGUUAGAUGAAUUGAUAACAAUGACCGUACCAUAUGAUCAUCAAACAGAUACAUUAAGACAAAUAAUGGCCACAUGUUUAACUCUCGCUUCACCGACAAAAUCAACAGCAUCUGAUACACCAUUACCAAAAUUACUAUUACAUGAUAAUAAUCAGUUAGAAGUAAAAGCAUUUGAAUGUCCAAUAAUACUUCGAUUACAAUUAAAACAAUUAUUUUUAAAUUAUAAUGUCAUUCAACAACCACUAACAGUCAUAACACUAUGUAUGAAAACAAAGAAUGAUAUGUCUCAAUGGUCAAAUGAAACUGAAAUAGAGCGAAAUGAAAUGACUGAUAAAUUUAUUAAGUUAGCAAGUGAAAUAUGUUCAUAUUUGAGUCAAAAACAAUAUUGGGUUGAUUUUAUUGAUCCAACAUCAGGCACACCGUUUUAUGGUCCUCAUACUCAAGAUACAUUACUAGAAACGGAUGAACGUUUACAAUAUUUCGGUUUGAAUAUAGUGGAUUUAGGAUGUUGUCGUGUAAUUGAACAUGUUCAAUAUGGUACACACAUAUUUGUUGGCUGUUUAUUUACAUCAGCAUUAAAAACCGAUGAAAAUGUUGUACAUUUAUUAAAAGAUUUUAUUAUCGAAAAAAAUCCGAUAAAAAAUAAUGUUAAAGAGGAAGUUGCACCUCUGAUAGCAAUGAAAUCCAAUGAUGAUGUUAACAAAGAUGAGCAAACAUUAUUAUCAGCAUCAUCCACAACAAAAGCAGCAGAAUCAGUUGAAGAUAAAAAAAGAAUUGGAAUUUGA